CUUACUUGGGUUGCGCCUGCGCCUUGCGCCUGCGCCUGCGCCUCUAUUCGGUAUUGUUAGCCACAAGGAUGGCACGCGUACACUUCACUCGAACGCUCCUUUUAUUUGUGCUUGCGAUUUGUGUACCUGAUAUUAAUGCGCAACGGAAACCCAUAAAAGAGGCUCUAUUCCUCAACAGUGACCUCUUUAACAACGCCACACUUGAGGACUGUGUGUGGAGGCGUGAGCGCGAGCCUUGUCCUGAUCCCAACGUCACACUUAACUUAUACACUGAGGCUGAACCUUAUAAAAAACAGGUGGAUCUAUUUAGCGAAGACUGGCUUCGUCAAAGUAGUUGGGAACCAUCACACGAGACAAUUCUGCUGGUACACGGAUACGCCGGCGGCGAUGACACUCUACCCAUUGUUGUGCUCCGAGACGCAUACCUUCGUCGCGGUGGCUAUAAUGUUUUCAUGUUGGACUGGGGGCAACUCAGCCAGCCACCGUGUUACGUCGCAGCAGUUCACAACCUGCGACCAGUAGCACGAUGUGUGGCAGAAGCCUUGGGAUCUCUGAGGAGAGCAGGCCUAAGACCAGAUCGACUUACGUGUGUUGGUCAUUCGCUCGGCGCUCACAUGUGCGGCAUUUUGGCCAAUUAUUUGAAUUUUAGACUUAAUAGAAUUAUUGGUUUGGACCCAGCCCGACCUCUCAUCAGGUCCGCGCCCGCUCUGCGCCUGGACCCUGGCGACGCGCGAGCCGUGCACGUACUCCACACUAAUGCGGGGCGGUACGGCGAAGGCGCUCGUCUCGGACACGCCGACUUCUGCCUUAAUGGCGGCCGGAGUCAGCCAUAUUGUGAAGAUACACCAAAUGAAGCACUAUGCAGUCACGUGUGGUCGAUCUGUUACCAAGCAGAGAGUCUGUUCCGGCCUCGUCCUGCGGCUCCCUGCGGCAGACGGUGCUCGGUGCGCGUGCCGCCAGCGCGGGCCGCGGCCUUACCUGUUCCUCUAGGGCAACCGACGCCAAUGACCGCAUCUGGUGCGUACUGCCUGGAGGAUUUCACGACACCUUUCUGCCCGUCGACGACGGGGCUGAUGCAAGGCGACGAGCGCUGUUGCCUCGACAAGCUGUACGCGGCCGCCGCCAGCGCGCCGCCCCCGCCCCCCCGCGCGCGGCCCCGCCCGCCGGCCCGCGCGCGACGGGUACACGCGGGAUACGAAAGCAACAAUACCUUAGACAAUUUCAACAUUUAA